GAUUGCGGAUCUCUUACAGGAUUGCAUUUCAUUUGGCGUGGCAGAUUUGUUGGUGGAUUGCUCAGUAACCUUGACACAAUAUGUCCAAUAGAUGAUAGUGGGAUAUUGCUCGCAGGCAGAUGAACCAGCUAAUAAAGCAAAGAUCUCUGCCAGUGGUAUGUCUCGCAAGGACGUCAGCUUCAUGCCAAGAAUUCUCGAUAGUAGGAUCCAUCUCAACCACCCCAUCAUUCACCGCGAAAGUGAUGCUCUAUAUAAGCACGGCUGGCGCAGUCGCCCCUACUGCAGAACUAUUAUUUAACGAAUCGAUUCCUCAAAUUUUCUUUUUGCAAAGUCUUUUGUUUCCGAAACAGUAUAUUCUUUGAUUCGAUGUCACGAGAGCUCUUUUGGAACUUCCGUGUGUGGAAACGCGAGCUAGCUUCACUUGCUACAGGAACAUUAUGUUUUAUAGCUCUCGCUGCACUUCUUUAUGCUUUUGAUGGGAAAACCAUUUUUCGCUGGCAUGGUAUCACACUCAACGCCUUGGUGUCUAUUCUUUCAACCGCUGCUAAAGUUCUUGUUUUGUAUUCCAUUGCUGAAUCUACUAGUCAGUGGAAAUGGCUUCACUUCUCGAAACAGAAAAAUUUUCUGAUAGACUUUGAUAAGAUUGAUGCGGCAAGCCGGGGGCCAUUGGGUAGUUUCAAACUGCUAUGGAGGAGAAAUCGGGAGUGAGAACUUCCUUGUCUCGUACUCGAUAAGAAAAGCCAUGCUCACAUGGAUAGGCUUAUAAUACGCAUUGGUGCUGUCACCACCGUGCUUGCUUUGGCAGUCGACCCUUUUACACAGCAGCUCGUUCAAUAUCACCAACGUUCUGUCCCUCGUGAAAUUGGAGAGAUGGCCAGUGUCCCCAGAUCGGAUCGUUAUUCCAGGGGUCGACUAUACAAUACUCAGCUUACCAUGGUGUCAAGUAAGUCAAUCCCCGCGAAGCCAAAUAUGAGUCUCAAUCCGCUGACCUAGAGCAGGUGAUCCACCCAUAGCGCAGGCGUUUGCGGACGCUGAUUUUACCAUGCAGUCCGCUGUUCUAUACGGUCUUACGCAGCCUAUUGAGAUGACCACUCAGCAACUUCCUCACAAGUGCGCAUCAGGAAAUUGUACCUGGGAUGCGUUUGAAUCCCUCUCGGUUUGUUCUAUAUGCAACAACCUCAGCGACAAAGUAGUUGAAUACAGAGAUUACAAUGUUCUCUACACUGAUCUACAAACUGAUAACGGUGUUGGAAUAUUAGAGAUGGGUACUGCAUUCCGACUUCCCAACGGCCUUUUUAUUGAUGGUUUUGAUGGCUGGAAUUACACCGAUAAAUACAUAUCUCUCAAACUUCCAGGCGGCAUUUUCAUGACGACAUAUGGAACAAGCAAUGCCAGCGAGACGGUGUCACUACAAGAUAUUGAUACUUUGAUCUGGGCGAUGACCUUUCUCAAAGUACAUCCUCCACAAAAUACGUCAGUUGUCUGGCCGAAUUUACCUUUGGAGGCACGAGAAUGCGGCUUGUACUAUUGUGUUAAUCGUUAUAAUUCGACUAUCGUGUCCGGAAAUCUAUCUGAAGAAGUUUCUGAAGUAACGAGUGCAACGCGAGAUCCGGAUUCAUGGCAGGUCACAAGCUCGAAGUGGGCUGCUGUUCUUAACUCAUCCAUUAUUUCGAGUCUAGAGUUCGAUAAUAAAUUAUCAGCUGCACCUCGAUCCGAUCUUUCUCUAGGCGGAAAGUACAAUGUCUCACAAGCUGCUGUCAACAGCAUUAGUAGUUAUGUCAGCGAUUUGUUUUCUACAAGCAUCAACAUAACCCACAAUGUUACUGAAACUCAACAAGCAAGAUUAAAUGGGUACAUCAUGUCCGAUGGUAAUCUCCAAUACAAACCCAGCUCUAUGCAAGCUUUCAACACGAGCAAUGACCUUCCAGCUACAUUUGCGUCUCUUGCAAAAAGCAUGAGCAACUCCAUCCGUGCUAACGACGAUGGCCAAAAGGUACAAGCUGGGACAAACCACGAGAUGUUCACUUUUUAUAGAAUCGAAUGGGAAUGGAUAUCCUUACAUUGUUUUUUUAUCAUUGCCGCAACCGUUUUCACAGCUCUCACGAUAUAUCAAACCAGAAUACGAGGGACACCCGCAUGGAAGUCGAGCUCUCUUGCCGUUCUUUCCAGAGGCAUUGUGAUAGGCCAGACGUUUAGAGGCGCAGAGACGAUGGCCGAGUUAACCCAAAGAGCAAAGAGUGAAAGGGCAUGUCUAUAUGGAAACUAUAGUGAGCUGCAACAACACCGUGAGGAUGUCGAGUUGGAGGAAAUAAUUUUGGGAUCGUCAGAUGGCUCGCAGAUGGUCAAAGGGGCACGGUCUGUGAGAUGAGUCGAGCAUGAUUCAUUGAUGUUUAUGUUAUUAUCUCGAAUUGGGAGGACCAAUAGUUCACAAGGACGAAGAGAUACUUAAAAUACUUAUUUGAUGUAUGUUUGUCUUGAUUUCGGCUACUUUAACGGAAACGAAGAAUUUUCCGAUGUCUUUUCCACUAAUCU